CUUCAUCGUCGUUGGCGGAAUGUCUCCUUGGGCCGUUUCUUUCACGGUUCUCGUUCAACCUCGCCCUCGUCACGUCGCGUUCGCCUGCAUAGCGACUGCCCCUACCCACACCCCUCUCCAUGGCCAGCACGUCCUAGACACGCGGGAAAUCGGCACGACUCACGACAUUGCCAUUCACACCUCUCGUGGUUGCGCCUCUAGUGCUCUGUAACCAACAACAUGUCGUCUACCGCUGGAGCAGCGCAGAAGAACUCGAACCAGAGCAUAGCCAACUUUGCCGCCUCGCUGUCGACGGCUGCCAUCAUCUUUGGCGUGCAGAUCAGCUUCUUCCUGGUCUUCAGCGGCAACUGGAAGGUCCGCAGGUCGAGCAAAGGUCUCGCCGACGACAAGCAGGCGGCGCGGCAGAGUCUCUUCCACAAGAUCUACUACUACAAAACAGCCUUUGUGCCCGAGAAGAAGCGCAUCGCUGCCCCCGUCACCGCCAUCGAGUCGUUCAAGAAUGUCUUCACCAUCAGCGACCGUGAGCUCGUCCGCGUGGCCGGCGUCGACGGCUACCUCUUCCUGCAGUACCUGCAACUCCUGCUUCGUAUCUUCAUACCCAUGGCCCUUGUUAUCCUACCCAUCCUCCUGCCGCUCAACCGCCACGGUGAUGUGCCGGGUGUGUCGGGCUUGGACUCGUUUGCAUGGCCCAACGUUGCCACGCCUGAAAAGAUCAAUCGUCUAUGGGGACACUGUAUCGUUGCCGUUGGUGUUAUAUGCUGGGUGUGCUUCAACUUCUACUUGGCCCUCAGGAAGUUUGUUCGCCUGAGGCAGACCAUUCUCACCAUGCCAGAGCAUCGCAUUCGAGCUUCCGCAACCACCAUUCUCGUGCAAAGCAUACCUGAAAAGUGGCUUACUGUCGCAGCCCUGGACGCGCUUUACGAUGUUUUCCCCGGCGGUAUUAAGGAUAUCUGGAUCAACCGCAACUACGACGACCUGCAGGAAAAGGUCGACAAGAGGACCAAGAUCGCCCGCGCACUGGAAGCUGCCGAGACUAACCUCAUCAUCCAAUGUACAAAAGCACACAAGAAGAUGCAAGAGAAGGAAGCCAAGGAGGCAGGCAAGAAGCAGAAGACAAGAAAAGAGAAGAAAGACGACCAAGCGCUGCAAAACCAUAAUAUUGCGCAUGACACGCACGAUCAGGGCACAGAUGCCGGUAAUCCACACGAAAUUGAGCAACAACUCCGAGAGGUGCUUGUGGAAAACCACUCAUCAUCCUCGUCCUCGUCGUCUUCUCGCUCCUCCUCAACUCAUCGAAAACGUAAUCUUUUUCCCAUCCCACUCGUUGGGCAGGGUCUCUAUGCAAUCAACGACGGAUUCCGUGACGUUGGACAGGGUGUUGAUCGUUUUGGAAAGAAGAUGGUUGGCGGCUUCAAAGGUGCGUUUGGUGGAAAGCACGAUCACCACACUAAGAAUGAACUUGUGCAACCAAACCUCGAUGGUAGCCCUGAGCUCUCUGGCAUGUCGCCAACGUCUGCGGACUACCAGCAAAGAGGCGCGAGUUCUGACACCCGUUCUCCAUUGAGAGAGCCAGAGAGCAACAAUCCCUAUUCUGAUGGCACUCUAACCCAGACCAACUCCCCCAAGAAGGACGAGAAGAAGCACAAAGCCACUAGCACCGCACUUCGACCAUUCGUAGCUUUGAAGAACGCUUAUGUUGGACACGGCAACUUUGCAGAGCCGCAGCCGUUUCGCAAAGAAGGCGAAGAGCCUCUUCUGGAGAUCAAGGACCCUGAGAACAUCAAGUAUGAUCUCGCUGGAUUGUACAACGACGCCUUUGCUGAGGAUGCUGAAGAUGCACUGUGGAAGCAGUACAUCAAGCCCAAUGACCGUGAUACAAUGCGUCUCCCUUGGUUCAAGUGGUCCUGGUGGCCGGCGAUUCCGCUGACCGGCAAGAAAGUGGAUACGAUCUACUACUGCCGCAAAGAAUUGGCUCGCCUCAAUGCCGAGAUUGCGGAUGAUCAGGCCCAUCCAGAACGAUUUCCUUUGAUGAACUCGGCUUUCAUCCAGUUCAAUCACCAGGUCGCAGCGCACAUGGCUUGUCAGUCACUCAGCUACCAUAUUCCUAGGCAGAUGGCUCCUCGUACUGUCGAAGUUAACCCGAACUACGUGAUGUGGGAAAAUUUAACCAUGAAGUGGUGGGAACGAUACCUACGUAUGUUCUUUGUCAUUGCUAUCAUUGUGGUACUCAUCAUCUUCUGGGGUAUUCCUGUCGCGUUCACUGGAACGUUGUCACAGAUUAGAACUUUGACUACCCAGGUGCAUUGGUUGGCGUUUCUGAACCGUCUUCCUACAUGGGCGAUCAGUUUCAUCCAGGGUGUGUUGCCUCCAGCCUUCUUGGCGGUUCUCUUUGCUGUACUACCCAUUGUCCUGCGCCUCUUAGCUGGAUUCACCGGUACAACAACGACCGGCGAACGCGAGCUCCUUGUUCAAAACUUCUAUUUCGCAUUCGUGUUUGUAGAACUGUUUCUGGUGGUCUCAAUAUCCACAGGUAUUACGACUGCCCUCUCAGAGUUGCUUAGCGACCCCAUCAGCAUCCCGGCUACACUUGCGAGGAACUUGCCACAGGCUUCCAAUUACUUCUUCUCCUACAUGAUUCUCCAGGCUCUCAGUAUCAGUUCGGGAACACUGUUGCAGAUCGGAGCGGUCGUCAUGAUCAUUGUAUUCCGUUUCUUUGACACGACUCCACGAGAGAAGGUUUCCAGGGUUUUGGGUCGACCGGGCAUCAACUGGGGAACCAUGAUCCCGGUGUACACUAAUUUCGGUGCAAUCGGUAUCAUCUACUCAGUCGUCUCACCCUUGAUCAUCAUCAUGAUGUUGAUCACCUUCGGUCUAUUUUGGUUUACCUAUCGUUAUCAGAUGAUCUACGUCUCUUACGCAAAGGCUGAAACAAACGGUCUGCUCUUUCCCAGAGCAGUCAACCAGCUCUUCACCGGAUUGUAUUUCCUAGAGCUUUGUCUUAUUGGUUUGUUCUUCAUAGGUGACGGAAAUAUGGCCUGCUUUCCUCAAGCGAUCAUCAUGAUCAUCAUGGCGGGGUUUACUGUCAUAUAUCAGUUUGUUCUGAACAGUGCCUUUGGACCCCUUUUCACUUACCUCCCCAUCACAUUCGAAGAUGAGGCAGUAGCCCGAGAUGAGGAGUUCCAACGUGCGCAGGCUUCUCGCUGGACAAAGGACGAUGAUGAAAUUCAGCCUCUCAACGCUGAAGACAAGGCCAACAAGACAGCAGAGGAGCGCGAACUCGCGCAUAUGGAGGAGUUGAACAAGCAGGAAGCUUCGCACGCCGAAGGAGCCUACGAGAUGAGCAACAUGGACAAGAAGAAUCUAGCCACCAAUGAACUCCCACCCAAGCCGGAGUAUUCCCGUCGCAAAUCUUCUUGGUCGAACAGGUCUGGUAUGCGAUCGAAGUCCCGCGGCACACCUAAGAAGCACAAACACAAAGACCCCUUCGAUGCAAUUGCCACUACUUUCAAACAAGGUCUAGACGACGUUGCACGUCCCGUACGCGAUAUCGAAGCCCAAGUCCUCCCCACCUCCAACCUUUUCGACAACAUCGACGAUGAACUCGAAGAUAUCGAGCCCGAAGCCCGCCAGAAGCUCAUCAAGCGCAGCUUUCAGCACCCGGCGGUCCGGACUAUUCAGCCUGCUGUAUGGGUACCAUGGGAUGAGUUGGGCGUCGCUAAGGACGAAAUCCAGCGAACUUCUUCGUAUACGCGAAGGAUCUGGAUCACCAGCGUGAAUGCGCGGUUGGACGCUGUUGGCAAUGUCAUGUACAGGGGGUUGCCGCCGGAUCGGGAUCCGUUUGAGAAUAUGGAGGUGUAGAGGGUAUGAGAAGGGAG